AUGUUAUCAUCAUCCUCAUCAAAUAAUGACGACAAGGAUUCAAGUAUCACUGAUUUAUUGUAUGAUUUAUGUAAAGAAAAUGAAGUAGAAAAAGCUCGAAGCAUUCUACCAUGUAUUGAUAAUAUAAAUAUUAUAAAUAAAAUUCAAAAUUCAACAUGUUUGCAUGUGGCAUGUUAUUAUGGACAUCGACAUAUGGUACCACUUCUAUUACAAUACGAAGCUCUACAUUCCAUUAGAAAUUUACGACACAAUUUAACACCUUAUGAAGAAGCAUGUAGAGAUGGUAUCAAACAGCUGUUUGUAGAACAUUGCAAAUUAUUUUCAAAUAAUAAUUUUGAUUAUGAUUAUGUUGAAUGGUCAGUAGUAGGAGAU